AUCUUUGCCCUUCCACGCUUGAAUCGCUUUAUGAGCCACCGGAUGCAGGCAGUGGUUGGGGGCGAAGCACAGAGACGAGCUCAAGAAGAGGAAGAUCUCUGUACGAGCUCCAAGGUAUCGCUGACAGCGAUCCAGCAAUGGAGUGGUGGGAUCGAAUGAUUUCUCCCGCUAGGCGUGUUUGGAUCGGCGUCGCCGCUCGCUUCAGCUUAAGGAGGAAGAAUGGGUUAAAGAAGCUGAGGCAGGAGGUGAGCACCUGCGAGUACGAGGACGUUCGCGUGAUGUGGGAGAUGCUGCGGAGGAAUGAGAUUGAGAUCGCUGGCUCUCCGCCAUUGAACGAUCGACAGACGAUCAAGCACCGCCGCCGAUGGGUUCUGUUUGGUUGGCCUCCGUAUAAUCUCUGUGCUUGUUUCUGAUUGUGUUCCCAGAAAUCCAAUUAGCGUCCUGUUUCUGUCUCCCUCUUUCUCUAUCCCUUGAAAUGAGUGAUGAGGAUUUCUGGUUUCUCGCCGUCCAUGCUGGAACUUUUAGCAAGAAAGCUUGUCCGUUCUGUGUUCCGUUUAUGUUCCUUCCGUAUCGCUAAAAUUAAAUAAAGCUUUCAAAUAUGACGAGAUCUGCUGUGUUUUUCUUUGUAUAUGUUAGAAAGUGUGAAGUCUGAUGCUAUGUUUGUAACUCAGAAUCAGUGAAAGGAGCUCGCGCAAGACUUAUCAUUUAUUUGAAGUUAAAGAAAGAAAAUCUGUACUGAUGCAACAGGGAAAAAUAUUAAGGGCUUGUGGAGAAAUUGAUAGUAUUCGGCGAAGAUGAGAUUCAGAGCACAUUUUCAUUAUUAAUUUCAUCUAAUUGUUAUAUCAGAGCC